UACCCUGUGCCCCACUUUUUCUGUCACAAUUUUUUGUCAUUUUGCUACCUUUUUAAUGGAAUUUUUUGACUCUAAUUAGAUUUUCGAUUUGUUCGGGUAUAUUAUUCUGAUCUUGCCAUGUCUUCUGGCAAUUUUAGACGUGGUGGUCGUGGUGGAAGAGCCCCCUUCGGUGGUCGAAGUGGCCUCAACGACUCAACCCAGAAGGAGUCCACAGUUCCUGCUGCCAUGCUCAAAGCUGCCCGGUCCAGUGGUCAGCUGAAUUUAUCGAACAGGGGACUCCAAGAAGUUCCUGAAUCAGUUUGGAGAAUCAACACAGACCUUCCUGAAGAAUCCAAGAAUGUGAAUCUGAACAAUACAGAUGACCGGUGGUGGGAACAGGUGGACUUGACCAAACUCAUCCUUGCUUCAAAUCAACUGGUGUCGUUAUCGGAAGACAUUAAACUUCUGCCUGCUCUUACAGUGAUUGAUGUUCAUGACAAUAACUUGUCCUCACUGCCAGAUGCUAUUAGGGAUCUUGUUAACCUUCAGAAGCUCAACAUCAGUCACAACAAGUUGACAUCACUGCCUGAAUGUGUUUACCACCUUGGAAGUCUGAAAACGUUCCUUGCAUCUCAUAAUCAAAUCAAAGAGAUCACAGAUCGUGUGGGAGGACUCACCUUUAUUGAAGAGUUUGAUAUAUCCCAUAAUGAGCUAACCAUGCUACCCAGACAGAUUGGUUACCUUGGGAGGGUGAUGAAGUUGAAUCUAUCGGAGAACAAGAUUCGAGAACUUCCUUUAGAAAUUGGUGCCAUGGAUGGUCUAAGAUUUCUUGACUUAAACCAUAACUGUCUGAGCGAGCUUCCUGCUGCAGUUGGUGACUUGAAGUACUUAGAACAACUCUACCUUCGCCAUAACAAGCUCACCGACCUUCCUUUGUUGAAGGAGUGCAAAUCAUUGAAGGAGCUCCAUGUUGGUAAUAACGCCAUACAGAAGAUCUCAGUUGACAAUCUCCAAUGUUUGUCAGCUCUGUCUGUGUUAGAUAUCCGUGACAACAAGGUGGCCGAGUUACCCGAUGAGAUCACUCUCCUUGAACAACUCCAGAGGCUUGACUUGACAAAUAAUGACUUAUCGACUUUACCAAAUGGUCUUGGUUUGAUGACCAAACUUAAAUCUAUAGUAUUAACUGGGAACCCAAUGAAGAAAAUCAGAAAUGACAUUGUUAUGCGGGGAACCAAUGCAAUUAAGAAGUAUCUUGCCAGUCGAAUAGAGGAGCCGGAAUUAAAUGGGAACCAGGCUGAGAAGUCUGGGGUGAAGUCCUCGCAGGGUGCAAGCGGGGUUAUAGGGGGCAGCGGGGAUGGUGUUGACCCAUUCGCUGUGGCAACCAGCAGGACGUUAGAUUACAGCAACAAGAGUGUCUCGGUGAUCCCUGAUGACAUCUGGGAUGUCCUCUCCAAGCAUGAAGUGCACAUCCUCAACCUUGGAAAGAAUGCUCUCACAGAAAUGCCUCCAAAUACGGUGUUGGCUGCUGAGGGCUGUAAAGACUUGACUCUGGGAUUCAACAGGAUCCAGGUGCUCUCCAAGGAGAUUGGACUCUUUAUGAAACUACAGAACCUGGACCUGAGGAAUAACCUGCUGUCUGAUCUUCCCCCGGAGAUGGCUUCACUGCAACUGUUACAAGGCAUCAUCCUCUCUCAUAAUAGGUUGAAGAAGCUCCCCCCAGUUCUCUUCCAACUGAAGAAGCUUGAGAGUCUCCUGAUCAAUGAUAACCAGAUAUCAGAUGUGGACGCCAUGGCCAUCAAGAGCUUACCUGUCUUAUCAGUGCUUAAUCUGCAAAACAAUGAUAUCAUGCAGGUCCCUCCUGAACUUGGCAACUGCACUCAGUUGAGAUCGUGUUUACUUGAGGGUAACCCAUUCCGCAUCCCGAGACCAGCAAUAUUAGCGAAGGGAACAGAUGCUGUGCUUGACUGGCUGAGAGGACGGAUUCCAACAUAAGACUUGAGGUGCACAAUCAAUAUUAAUCAUGCAUGGAGUUCUUAUUGUGCAGCAAUGACAUGAGACAAUGUCGCAGUCCUCGGGAUGGGAGUGAAUAUUGUCCAUAACAACUAUUUGGACUUGUGAAGUUUCUACCAGAUCAUAUUUGGUCACAGUGUGACAUUAUUAUUUGCUUGUAAUUAGGUGUGCAGUUUCAGUGCUGAAACACUAACACUAUUGUGGUCAUGAUUGGUAUUAGAUAAUAUUGACAAUGCAUUUACUAAUUACCUUGAUAAUUGUGUGACUUUGGUCGAAAGCAAACAAUUAAUGUAUUGUAUGUUAGGUUCAGUAUCCUUUCUAACUUUUCUAAUGUUUACUGACUUCAAUCAAUAUGCACCAGCAUCCCUGUGAUUCUGUUACUAUUUGUCUUUACCAUGUUGACACAUUGAAUACAAAAUUUGAGGUUGUACUGAAAAAAUGUGUUUUCCAUGUCUGAAGAAUGUCAACCAACUCUCAUUGCAAUUAGUGUCUAAUCAAAAUAUCCCUAUCGAUAUGUGCUUUCUCCAAGGUAAGACGAGCUAUCAAAACAAGCUGUGAUGAUUUCAAUACAUCUGCUGUGUGAAGUAGGUUUACUAAUAAAGUGUUCAUUUCACAAUAAAGAUCAAGUCAUUCA